AUGAUGUCUUUCGCAAAGGAGAAAAAAAAGAAAAUAUUUGGUAUUCGUCGUACACUUCUUAAUGCAAUGUGUUUAACCUUCGAAAACCUACCCGAUGAAAUAAUCUUAUACAUAUGUCAAUAUCUUCGUGGAGCUGAUGUUUUAUAUUCCUUUUACAAUCUGAAUACUCGACUGAACACAGCCCUAACAGGCUAUUGUCGGUAUGUGAAUCUCAUGGGAGUUGCAUAUAAAAAGUUAACAUAUGUGAUAUAUCAUGUUCUACCAUGUAUUGGACAACAUGUUCGAUCGUUCUGUCUGAAUACAUACUGGGAAAGUAUGAUUCCUGACCAAUUAAGUCAGCUUCUGUACAGUUCACGUUUAUGCGGGAUAUUUCCUUACAUUGAAAACUUGACUGUGCGUGGAUUUUCAAGUGAAAGAUUACAAGUUUUUCUUGAUUGUAUAGAGAAUCUUCCACGGUUGGACAAUUUAAAAAUUCAAUUUCUCUCUGGGAGUUCAACCGGUAUCUGCCUGAGGAAAUUAUUCUCAGCGAAUCAAGGUCGACUUUCAAAAGUCUUCUUCGAUUGGAAUUCGAUAGAUUUAGAUAUACCUCAAGAUACUUCGGACAUAUCUUGUCCAAACAUUCAAGAAUUAACCAUACCAUUGACAUCGAUUAACACGCUAGCACGUUUGUGUAAAGUCAUCCCAAAUGUUCAUUGCCUGCACGUUAAUCUUGGUACUUUUUUUGUUGAUAUUGGGAACUGUGCAGAAGCCUUCGAGGAUGUCUCGCCUCUGCUUCGUUUAGUUGAUUUCAGCAUAGAUUCGAUUGAUUGGUUCUGCCCUUUCGAUGCUUUCGUUGCUAUGAUUCGAAAGAUGCCUUCGUUACAAAAACUCAAGUUUAACCUGUGUACAGAAGAGGAGUCUUUUCUAGUCGAAGAAAAUAUUCGAAUGAAUUUACCUAUUUCGUGUUAUCAAAUCGAUUAUUUCAUUGAUUAUAGUCCUUCUGAAAUGGAUUCUGAAAUAAAAAAUCUUCUUACUUCCAAACGAACUGUUCCUUCAUCCGUUCAUCUUUUAUUUGAUGAAACUCAUGAUAUUCUCAAUAUUCAUACCGUUCCAUGCUGCAUACAAUCCUUUGUUUUAUCUGGAUCUGUCGCAAAACAAAUGAUGUCAGGUUCAUCAUACGCCGAACAUAUUCGAAAUUUACAUAUUUACGAUGCACAGUGUUUAAACGAUGUAUUUCAAAUACUACAACAUUUUCGUCACCUUCAUACUCUUUCGAUCAAUACGCUCAACAGUCUGACUAUGUUGAACAAUUCGACAACUUCCAACAAGCCGAUCGUCUUUCACUUGCCAUAUCUAAAACAACUCCGUAUUGACGGAACAUGUGAAUUGUCAAACUUACUUGAUGCAGCGUCAGACCUCUAUCAGUUUAAUGUUGAUUUCGAUUGUGUGAAAAUGUUCAUUCAGAAUCAUGCUCGUUCAACUCGAACAAAUGUUAGAUCUAUCGACAUCUUUAACUGGACGGAUACUCAUGCCGAAUUAUUGCAGCAUAUUACUCAAACUUUCGUUACUCUCAAUCACGUCAAUAUUCACAUGGCCAGUAGAACGUCAACUAUGGAUUCGUUUCUACUAGAGUAUCUUCCGGUAUGUAAAAAUGGUAUGCAAGUUUCGCUCGGUGUAAAAGGAUCGCUUUCCGAACAAGUUCAGACUAAUAUUCGCCAAUGGGUUAUCGAUCAUUCCCAUCUAAGCGAAAAGGAUUCAUUUGCUGUACAAUACCGGCGAGAUUGGUUCCAAUUAUGGUUUUAA